CAUAAAAGAAAAAAAAAAAAAGAAGGCUCCAUUGUUUUUUUGGGCAAGAAAAUAUCAAAAGAAAAUGACCCAAUAGAACUGAUAUUUUGAAACCCAUCUGGAUUUUAUUCUAAUUCUAAGAAUUCGAAGUUCUGAUUUUUCUUAAUUGAGGAAAGGGAAAAUAAAAUAAAACAAGGAAAAAAACAAAUGGCUAACGUGGGAUAUGUUACAUCUUGUUAUCAUGGUGACAUGUGCAUUAAAGGCACAAAACAUGGGAUGGUGGCUGUUUCCAGCCACCACCACCAUUACAACCACCGCAACAUGACCUGUUGUUAUCUGGAUAGACCGCCACCAUGGGCACCUGCCCAACCUCCUGCCUGCUGUACUUCCCCCUGUUCACGCGCAUAAUACAAGACUUAAUUUACUCCAAAUAAUUUUUAAAAAAAAAAACAUUGACUUAACCCUCAAAAAAUUCAAGACAAUAAAUUAUCAAUGAUUCAAAAAUCAACUUAAGUCUGUAUCAAAUUGUAAUACCAUGAUCUAAAUAAAGAGUUAAAUCAUUA